AAGAUACUAUAGCCGAUAGGAAAAUAGUUUCUAAUAUUAUUAAGGCGGUUGAAGAAAAUAUCAAAGGCUCUGAUGCAGAAUUAAUAGUCAACGCAUCUGAUAUUACUCUGGAUGAUGCUGAAGUUUUUAAACAAAUUUUCACCCGCUCAUUCACUGAUAAUAUGAUAUUGCAAUGA